AUGAAGAAGCUAAUACCACUCACUAUACUUGGGCUCCUCCUAGUUGCUUCUACAGUUACCUCAAAGGCUAUUUCUCUCACUGAUGCUGCCCCAGUUUAUGCUAAAGAUAGUCUAAACUCUGGUGACCUUGUAGAUUCAAUUGAAGUCUUUUAUCUCCUCAAAAACAAAACAAUUCGAGGAGCUAGACACGGGAAACCUUCCAACACUCCAGUUAACAUUGUACUAGAUCCACAGGAAGAAAUCGUUAAGAUUGAAGGUAGAACUGAUGGUAACUUGGUAGGUCAAUUGACUAUUACUACAAUUGGACCGAGCUAUGUUACAAAGACAUACGGGCCUUUUGGUAAAAUAGGAAAACGCUUCUUUACAUUUGAAGGACAAAUUAUAGCAUUUCAAGAACGCUCUGGCGACAGCUUGGAUCAAAUUGGAGUAUACAGUUUGGAGAAACUGACCAAAAGUGAUCUAUAUGGCAGUACUAGUGCAUCUCCUUUUGAUGAUAUAUCAGAUUUGGGGUAUCCUCCAAUCGUGUCUCUAAAAAGCAUUAAUGUAUGGAGUAGGCCUGAAAUGAUACUAGCUAUACAAGCAGAGUAUCUCUUACUAGAUGGUAGCACUCUUAAAGGAGGCAGGCAUGGAUUUUUGUAUACUGACAAUGUAACUACAAUUGCACUUGAAGCUGGAGAUCAGGUUAUAUCAAUGGAUGGGAUGAUUGCAACAAGCCAAUUAAAUCAGAACAAGUUUAUUGCAAAACUUUCAUUUACUGUAGCUAAAAGAAAUGGAGACAUAAUCAAGUAUGGACCGUUUGGAAAAUGGGGCAGUGAGGCUUUCAAUGUGCGUGGAAAUAUCAUUGGAAUAUAUGGAGAAUCAGGAUCAAAUAUAUACAAGAUUGGUGCAUACUACAUAUAG